AUGGCAAUGAGUGGAGAUAUUCUAGCCAAUGUCGUCAACAUGUUCAGUGCGUACCUCACGGGAGAGAAAAAAACGACGGUACCAUGGGGAAAAUGCCCACGACAAUCACACAUAGUGUGCAAGGUAUACAGUGGUAACUGUGGCGUGAUUACCUUCUUACGAAGACCCUUUAGCCUACUUCAUCCCAUCUCUCUCCUGAAAGUUGUCUCUUGGCUUAUUUCUGUACUGAGUUGCGCAUAG